GUGGGAUUCUAUGACGUCUUCGAAAUUUGUAUUAUCAUAAUUUAUGCAUCCUUCAUUGGGACGCCAUCUUGGUUCGCCAACGUAGAGAAAAGACUGAAAGAAAAUCCAGUGCCAUCCUUGGAUAAUUCGACGGUAUCCGCCGUAAAUUGUCUCUCAGACAUAAACCCAGAAGAACGGGCCGAGAAAGAGGCACGUUCAUAGGGUGCCGUUAGUGCAGCCACUCGAUGACCUUCAUUCAGGAUGUCCGAGCGCUCGGGGAACACCGCCAAGGGGAAGGAUACUGGAAAGAAGUACUCCCAACUCAACCUAUACAACACUUAUAAGGGCAAGAGUGUAGAGCAACAGAAGACAACAACAAUCAAACAUGGCUUACAGAGUCUUGGCAAGGUGGGCACCGCUCGUCGGAUGCCCCCACCGGCAAACCUUCCUAGUUUGAAAAGCGAAAACAGUGGAAACGACCCGAACGUCAACCUCGUGCCAGCAGGAGGGUCAGGAUGGGGUGCUUCAAAGGACAAGGACAGCAGUACUACUUCUUCAGCAGCCAAUCAGCAGCCGGAACAGCAGCCGCCGCAGGCUUCACAGCCGUCGGCAACCUCACAGGGACAAACUUCCACAGCACAGAAGACAUGGAAACAGGCAGGUGCAAAACCACCAGAGAAGAAAGGAGGUGCUUUUCCGCAGAAUUCCCAGUACUUCAACAAAGAAUUCCCAACCUUGGGGAAAGAAGAAGAAGAAAACAAACCUGCCAAGGAGCAGCAAUAUGGCCCUGGACCAAGCCUCCGCCCGCAAAACGAGGGCAGUUGGAGAGCAGGAGGUGGUUCAAACCAGAAAGAACAGCAGCCGAAAUCCGAUCAGGACCAAGGAAAUGGUACACCAUCCUCCCCUGGCCCAGGUGGCGGUGGAGGGGCCGCCCCGGCCGGGGGCCCCCCUGCCCCUGGCCGCCCGGGCAUGGGGAUGAACGGUGUACCUCCAGGGGGACCCCCUGGAUCUGGAAUGCCACCUUAUCCCCAGUAUAGAGCAAUGCCACCUUAUAUGUAUGGUCGUUUUCCGCCAGGAGGUUUUCCUCCUAAUUUUCCUGGCAUGCAAGGAGCCCCCAGGUACCCAUAUCCCUUCCCUGAUGCCCGCUACGGACCACAGGCCCCCGGCCGCGGGCCCCCGCAGCACUCUGGCCGCCCACCGGUGGAGGGUGAGGACGGUUACUCGCGACCGUCGGUGGUCCCGGACUUGAACCAGCCCCUGGACAAUGACGAUGACGGUGGCUGGGCAGGGGCACAAGAGGAAGUGGACUACAGUGCAAAACUUGUCUUUUCUGAUGAUGAAGAUGCAGAAGCAGGCUCUUCAUCCCACAAAAAGUCCUCCAAAGAAGGCUGGGAUGACAGAUCCCAGGAUGACAGGCCUAGAGAGCGGUCCCGGGAAGACAGAGGACAGGACAGGAGAAAGGACUCAGAGAGCUCUGACAGAAGUGGAAAGGACUUAGAAAGGCCUGGUCCACCAAAGGAAGCAUGGGCGCAGCAGCAGAUGUCUGGCAGGGGACCUCCUCCCCCUGCUGGCCGCAUGCCUGCUGGUAUGGAUCCUCAGACAUGGAGCCGUAUGCAAGCCCAGUGGGAUCACCGUGGACCUCCACCUGGCUACUAUCCCUACCCCUUCCAUGGACAGUACAGAAUGCCCCCGCCAGGGCCCCCUCGGGAAGGCAUGGUGCCCCCUGCCGAGGGGAUGGCAACACAGCCCCCCAGGGAGGGGGUCCCUGGGCCCCAACCAGGCCAGCAAAGACCACCAUACCCCACUCAGCGCUUCCCGCAAGGUGUUCCCCCUGCUCAACAGCAGCUUGAGAAGGAUGUGGAGGAAGUUGGGCGCAAGGCUCGCCACAACAAACCUGUGUCCGACGAAGUUGCCGCCGCCAUCGAGCGAGCUCGCAAGCGACGCGAGGAGGAGGAAAAACGGGAAGAAGCCGAACGCAAGAGAGCUUGUGCAGAAAAACUGAAAAAGCUUGAAGCAAAGAUGGGCUUGAAGGAAGAAAAGGAGGGGCAACAGAAAGAGGGGACGGAGGUAGAGGAAGUUACUGAUGAGAAUAAAGAGAACAUUGUGAACGCAGCAUCAGUUUCUCCAUCUCCCAAACCACCUGCGGAGCCCGCAAAGCCGGAACCUUUUCACGCUGGACCGGAGACGAUCGUGAAGCGGCCACGAACGGAAAGCGAGAGCAGCCGCGACAGCGGCAAAGGACGGGAGAACUUCAUUCCUCCCAGUGGACAGCAGACCUUUGCAGAGCGUGGGCCAGGCGGGCAGCAUCCCAGCUACUCCCGACAGUUCCAGAGGAACCUGCCACCUCGCUUCAUGAAACAGUACCUACAGCAGCAGCAACACCAUCAACAUCAGCACCAGCAACAACAACAACAACAACAGUCCUCCCAGCCUGCCCAGCAGGAGAGCAGACCUCAGCCACAAGCUGCUGCCCCUGGAGUGCCCCCUCAUCACACCAUGGGGCCGGCUCCUGGGAUGCCGUUUGACCCACGGAUGGACCCACGCGAUCCCCGGUUGUGGGGACCACCACACCACCCGCACAUGGGCAUGCCUCCACAGUGGGACCCGCGUAUGCAACAGAGAAUGCAAGUCAUGGAGGGCCAACAUGUCAUGGCACCAAUACCUCCGCAAGUUAUACCACAAAAGAGGAUCAUGCGACGGGACCGCACAGACAGCAUGGGCUCCGGAUCGGACAGUCACGACGGCGACCGUCGCACUCCGGAACAACGAGGGCCGACUCCCAACCAACACGAGAGGGACGGCAGAGGACCUCCUCUUCCGCAGGUCAGCGAGAGGCCACAGCAAGAGGAGCCCAAGAGGUCCACGGUACAGCAGGACCCGUUUGAGGAGUCUGAACGUUCUGAGGAACUGAAGCGAACUGAAAAAAGAGACCACAAGCGAGAGGACUGGAGGUCGCAUCAUGAGCAGCCAUCUGCAGACACUCAACAGAAUGAAGACACUCAAAGGAACGAGAGAAGAGCUCUCAAGAGGUCAGCCUCAGCUCUGUCCAAUACAUCCAGCCAGUCAGACGAACUUAAGCACAGAAACGAGCCUCCAAAGAUGCCUCUUCCUGAUACUGCUAAACCUACAGGGGAAGAAGGGAUGAAAGACCACCAAGCUAAGAGCAGGGAUUCGUCCCGUGAAAGCUCUGGCUAUAGGCAGCGGCAAGAAUACGAGAGACCCAGAGCCUACCGUGACAGGGACAGGUCUGGGCGCCCCAAGCCUGAGCUUCGAGACAGAAGACUUGCAGACCGGGACAAGAAGGACAGUAAACCUGACAGUUCCAGAUCCGGCCCCAAGGAUUCUGGCAAAGACCGCAAGCAGAAGGACACCUCGGAGAAAUCUGCCGAGCCAAGUGCCAAGCCCGUGUCAGCCUGGGAGAACAGAAGCAGAACAGCAGAAGUGGUCAAGAAAUCCACCACUGAUGAUAGUAAGCCAUCAAAGGAGCCAACAAAGGAAGAUAACAAAGACAAAAUGGAGUCCAAGGAGAACAAACUACCAGCUAAACCUGACAGACCCACAGACAAACAGGAAAGAAUUGAAGACAGACCUGUACAGAGAAGAGAGGACUCCCGGCAGGACUUCCAUCAGGACAACAGGCCUCGGAGAAGAGAUGACCGCCCAGAGCGUCCGCCCAAUCAGCAGCGUAAAGAUCGUUCUCGAGACAGACCGCCACGUGAUAGGACGUCAUCGCGUGGUAGAGGAACUAGAGGACCGAGCUACAGGGGCACGUAUCCCGCAGUAAGGGGGAAAGGUCGCGGGCGUGGAGAAUACAGAGGUGGACGAGGAGGACCCAGCAGGCCGUUCCACAGUCGAGAAAAAUCUCUGGACGACAACGCUCCCAGCGGCAGCUCCGACAACGAUGAAGCCCCUCAGCGCAGGAGAAAGCCUGACGAAGUGAGUGAUGUUGAUAGUGAUGUCGAAAGUGCGGAGACCAUCAGCGAAUCCUCACACAGUGCCAAAGCCUCGCAAGAGGACCUGUCUAGGGAUAAGGAAAAGGCAGACAAGGAGAAAUCCGAGAGGGAGGGAGGCAAACACCCAGACACAGUUAACAAAGGGUUUCCCAGAGACAGGGAUGCCAACAGGCGAGGCAGGGAUGAUCGCGGUUUCCGAGCCCGUGGGGAGCCCACCAGAAGAGGCAGGGGUGGGAGUGCGCCAGUCCGCGGCUCUGGCCGAGGCAUGCCGAGAUUCGGCAGCAGAGGCAGGGGUGGCAGUGCUGCGCCUCCCAGAAAUCAUUACGAGGAGAGGGACGACAGAGAACACAAAAACUUUGACAUGAACAAGAGGGAGGAGGGUGAAGGCAAAGAUGACCAUCGCCCUAAUAAUGAUCGCCAAAGAAACAGCAUGCAGCGCAAAUCUGACGGAAGAGGUCCUCCUCUCCGCGACAGGCCUGACAGGGAAAAGAGAAGGCGACCUCCCCGACCAGAAAGACCGCCUCGGUUCCAGCGCGGCCCUCGCCCAGACAACAGAUACAGAUCGAACGAUAACCGAGGUCAGGGUGCCGGCCGCCCCCCUCCCAGGGGCAGCGCUUCUGUCAACAGUCUACCCAACGCCGUGACCAGUAAGCCUCCUCUCCAGAGGCAGAACUCCGCAGGACAAGUCGACGAGGUGGAAGAAUGGGAGACUGCAUCAGAGAGCAGCGACUUCAACGAUAGGAAAACCAAGGACACCAAGCCCGACUCAAAAGAUGCCAAGCCCACGUCUGCACAGAUGAAGAAAGAGCCCCAAGCCAAACGCACCUACUCCAGCCAGCGACCGGGGAACGAACGGCAGAAUCGUCGCGGCGGUGACGGCCCGAAUAGAAGGGACGGGGGACCCAACGGUCGCCCUGAUAGGAGACCUCCUCGUGGUGACAAUAAAGACUCAAACACAGGAGGCAAUGGCCCAAACAGAAAGGGACUUCCUUCAAAACCACCCGCAAGUAACAGGCGCAUGGACAGUACCUCUGGAUUGAGUGCAAUAGAUACCAAGAAUGUCAGCACAGUCUACCGUGUGGAUGAGAUCAUACCAACAGACCCAGUGGCCAUCCAAGGAGCACUGCGAGACCUCCAGAAUCGCAGCAAGAAGAAAGAAGUCAACGGGAAGACCAAACCACAGCAGGAGAAAGUGGACAAGCUGGCUGGGAUUGAUAUCAACAAUUAUGCAAGUGUUGUGGUAAUCGACGAUGUCCCAGAAAUGACAGACGAGGACCCGAUAGCACUGAUGAAUGACGAGGGCUUCACGGAGGUCAUGUCCAAGAAGAAACAGAAGGCCCUGGCAGACGAGGAGCGCCGGCGCAAGGAAGAGCAAAUGCUCCGAGAGGCCCUUCAGAAGGCAAGGCAGAACAACAUGCACGACAAGGGAGGGAAGAAACUGCCACCUCGGUUUGCUAAGCAGAUGAACAGCACGACCGCCACGACCAAUGGACAGCCACCCCUGAAGAUUGACACAUGGGAUGCCAGCCAAGCAGACAACAUGACAAAGACUGAAGCACCUGCUGCAAAUAAUAAAAAUGUGAGGCUGACUCCACCUCCGCCACCAUCCGUGAAUGCCUGGGACAAGCCCAUCUCGUCCAUCAACGCCCAGUCCCCGAUCCCUCUCAUCUCCAGCCAGACACCCACAGUCACAACCAGCACACCCUCCACCACUCAGAACCUGCUGAACAAGGCUGUGGGCGCGGAACGCACGCCCGACAAGAAGGCCAAGAUGAACCAGCACGACAGCGGCGUGGAUUUGAGCGUGGACUCGCGGGGCUCGUCCCUUUCCUCUUCCCAGCGAAGUUCGCCUGAGAACGAGGAACACAAGGCCUCCCAGCUGGGGUUAGACCCAAGCCUGUUGAACCACAUCGGGGAAACGGCCGUCGAGAAGGAUGGAAAACACUCCAAAGGCGGUCAGGAAGGAACUAGUACUUCAACACUGGAGCCUCCCAAGCCACAGAGAUCCAUGCGUCAAGACAGGGUAAAAGACAGGUCCGUCUCCAACACCAGGUCCAAGUCCUUCGACACCACACGGAACCACAGCGCUGGUGACGGUGGUCCGGAAAGUGGUGCCAAAGGGAAGGAGGGCUUCCCCAAGAAGUCGUCUUCCUUCGAUAUGGAUGAUGCCACACAGGUACCUCCAAGUGAAGGCUCUGUAAAAGCACCUGACCAGACCGAAGGUGCUGUUGAUCAAUUCAGACCAGACACUCCCAAGGGUGGUGGUGAUGGCGACGAGUUGGCGUCCAGUGUGGCAUCAACUCUGGACAUCAAGCCUGACGUGUCCCUCCUGAACGCUGGGUCCCCCCGUCCCGUGGACAAGACCAAGGCUGGCCUCCCCCAGUCCAUCCCCAUCACCAAGGGUGUGACUGCGGGCAUCCAGUCCCCCGUCUCUCCAGCGACCGCUGACCUGACCUUGAAAAUGGAGCUCGGAAGGAAGGCUUGGGAGAACCUCCCGCCUGUUAUGGAGCAUAGUGUCCCUUCGCCGAGCUCUGUCACGCCGUCCAGCAACCAGCCCAUGUCCUCCAGCCCCUCCAUUGGGGCCUCCAUAGGGACCACGGACACCAAGACCUACAGUACCUUCUCCACUGUAGCUGCCGAGGGCCCGGGGGUGGGCAACGUCAGUUCUGAUGGAGGGAACACAGGAUCCCUGUCUCCUAUUGUGUCCAUGCCGGUGGCAUCAGCUGUGACCACCAGCUCGAUCCAGCAGCCCUCCAUGAAGCCCAGCAAUGACCAGCCCAAUGUGGCUAAAGUCAAGCCUCAGCAGUUACAGAUAACAUCUAUGACCUCAGGCAGUAGCUCAGCCUCAUCUAUAUCUGGUGGAAACUACCAGGCCCAGUUCUCCAGCCAGGCUGAUCAGAUGCAGAGUCUGCAGGCCUUCAGUGUGACCAAACCCAGCCAGUUCCAACCAUUCUAUGCACUGGACACCACUCAGUUGUUGCCCCAGGCACAGGUUUUGGCCAGCCUUCAGCAGCAACAGCCUGGCACUGGGUACCAGUUCCCGAUGUCCCAGCCUCAGCAGCUGCAGCCUCUUCUCAACACCACCUUCCAGACACAGUUGAGCAUGAACCAGAUCCAGCUGGGGGGCCACCAGACACAGUUAGGAGGCAUGAACCAGACUCAGCUGGGGAUGAGCCAGACUCAGCUGGGGAUGAGCCAGGGCAUGCAGCCCCCGCCGCCCCAGUCUCAGGCCCAGGAAAUGUUCCAGUCUACUGCGAUGCAGGGCUUCCGUUCCCAGCAGCAACUCUCGCAGACCAGCUUCUCGCAAGGGUCCAUGCUGAUUUCCGGUAGCGGAGGACCCCUGAUGUCCGCGUCGGCGUUCAAGCCCCCGCAAAACACGGCAUCGAAUCUCCAGUACGGCCAAACGCCGGUAGGGGCGCAGCCUUCCCAGCAGGUGUUCCUGCAGUACGACCCGACCCAGGCCAACCAGGGCCUGGCGGCCAACACGUCCAUCCUGAGCUCGCAGGUGUUGCAGGCUCGUCCAGCGACCCUCCAGCAGCCGACCUCUUUCCUUCAGAACCAGCAGCAGUCCCAGAACACGUACUACACUGCCGCUCCAUCUCCAUCCAACCAGCUGCAGCAGCAGUCCCUACAGCUGGGCCAGUUCUCCCUGCAGGGGUACCCCAGCACUGCGCAGGCAGCUCCGCAACAACUACACAUUCCAUUACCCCCCUCGGUGCAGCAGCAGCAAAACCAGGGACUGAAGUCGGCACUGGAGGCCAUGGCACCGGGCAUCGCCGCCGAGGUUAGUCGGCAAGAGGCCAACGCAAAAGUGUACGGUGUCGGGAAGGACCACGCGGGGAACGCUACGCCGCCUACGAGCUACACGCCGAAGAACGUGACUCCGACGUCGAGUCCGUUCCGCCCCAGCACGACCAGCCCAUCGUGGCAGACUGGAACGAGCGGGUUGUCUCAGUACCAGAAGCAGCAGAGCCACCUGCGGCACUCCCAGCCGCAGUACCAGCACCAGGCUGGCUUCCCUCCCACCGGGCAGCAGAAGUUCCAGGUCCUCCAGGGAGGAGGGCUUCCCACUCAGCUGGGAGCCACCAUGCUCGCUCAGAGUGCAGGAUUGGUGCGACCUCAACAGGCCAUGCAGCAGACCAUGCUGCAGCGAGCCCCGCAUCACAGUGCUUACCCGGCACCCAUCCAGCGCCCCACCAUCCCCCUCCCCAGCCAGAUUCCUGGAGUCAUGACUAGUGUCCCUCGGCAGCAAAGGCCUGUGGCGGGGAUUCCAGUGAUGCAUCAGCAGGGGCAACAACAACAGCAGCAGCAACGACAACAACAACAGUCACAAACAGUCCCAGGCACCUCAUCUGCCCAGCAGAAGCUUAAGGAUGCUCAAGCACGACAGAGAGCUGAGUUGCUGCAGCAUGCCCAGAAGUUCCUGAGCCAGCAGGGGAAACCUCCAUCCAAGUCUUCUCCGUCGCCUGGAACCCAAGACGAGAAGGGAGACAAAGCCAAACCAAGUCCAGAUACCAUGGGUGCCGCCUCCGCUGCAGGCACUAGAGCUGAGGACACCCAUGCAGCUGCCAAACCUGAUGAAAAGAUGAAAGAAGGGAGUGAUCACAAGGAUGGCUCCAAGUAAAUCCAGUCCUCUGCCAUGUCAGAGAUAGAUAUAACACUAUACAGUAUAUAUAUCGAGGCUAGGAAGAGAUAACGUGUCAUCCCUUGAGGAGGAGGGACUGGUAUGUCUUGCAACGGUGAGAAAAGCCUCGGAAUGUCCAAGCCGGCAUUCAAGACUUUCUUCUUAUGAACGUGAGAAACUAUCGUGUGUCGUUUUCACUGUGACUGAUUACAUGUGAAAUUUUCAUUGUGGAGUUUCCAGUGGAUUUCGUGUCCUUGAGGAACCUAUCACCGAAUUGCUUAAGCUGCAACAAGAUGAGAGAGAAGUCACCAACCUGUCUACCAGAGGGUGUUUAGAGGCUGCAAACCCCGUGGUGUUAGAGUGGUAACGCAUCCACAAGCUCUCUGAGACAUUUGGUGUCAAGAGAUAUCUGUCAAAGCAAUCUUUUAAGAGACUAUUGAACUCUGAAGUCUUCUGUGAAGUGGAAGUAAAUACAGGCUACAUUGCCCCCUUAGCCUAAAGAUCAAGCAAGGAUUUGACUGUUGAAGAAUAUGGUACAUGUAUAAAAGGUAACAAGCUUACUUGCAGUGUUGGUGUAAGCAGUCUAUUUUCAUCGCCACUGUUGCUUAUCCACGCGUGUGUAUGUGAUAGAACAAUUGAUGGAGAAUUUUGACUUUCCGUUGGCGCCAGUUACGACAUGUAUAAUACGUGCACUACUAUUUGUCGAGACGUUCUGCAUUGUUGAAGAUUUAUUUCAUGUUAGCACUAUGUGAUCAGUGUUUGCAAGUAUGUAUGUGUCAACACUGCCCUUCCAUGAACUGGAUUUUUGCACUGUUAGUUCAUGAACAUGCACAGAGAAUGCUAGAAAUGAAAAAUAAAACUUGUGUAUAGCUUAUAGCAACAUAGGAAAAGCUUUAUCUCUCCAGGAGGUACCACUUGUUUCUUCCAGUAGGUGGGGAAGAGUGAAAAAUAAAACUGGACUGUAGUUAGAAGCAUGGGCCUGCCUCGGGAGUCUUGAGUUAAAUACACAGUAUAUCAUGUAGCUCAGUUGGACCGACCUGUGGAAACAAUUGUUUAGUACCAUGUUGAGAAUUUAUAAAUUUUUGGAAAUGUAUUGCAGUGUACAAAUUUCUACAUGCUAUAAGCGUCAGUCUGCACUAAAUAAAGUUACUUAAUAUGCAGUUUUUAAAA